AUUUUGAAAAUUAACCGGAAGUACCUCCCGUCGUAGUCGUCUUGUGUUGAUGGUGAUGAACAGGUUUGUAGGGAACAACAAGUGUGUGGACUGAAACUUCUCCAUCAGGACCAGACGGCUGUGGGACCUUUGAGACGAACAAGUUUAUGGACGUUUUUACUUUAGAAGUCAAGUGUUUGUUGUUGCACAUGUCUUUAAUAGAGACAUUUAACAGGGAACAGUUAGUUCAGCGGUAAAAAUGAGUCCGGUUUUGUGUCUUUUGCUCCUCUUUCUGCGGACUGUGGAGCUCCGCCACCUCCAAGCAGCCCGGGAGUUCCCCGGGUCAGAGCAGCAGGUGGGGGAUGCGGGUUCGCCGGUGACAAAGGGAAGGACUUCUCAGGACCGGGAUGAAACUUUUAAAGUCCCGGAUCUGAAGCGAGUCGCUCGGGGAGCUAAUGAGGGAAGUUUCGGGAAAAGAGACCCAUAUUCACCGAGCAGCCACGGGCACCCGAGGCGGUACGACGACCCGAGCGGGUACUUCACCACACCGCGGGUCGACCGGCACGCCUCCGUCCGGCCGGGUAACUCCACAUCGGGGCUUCUGAACCCGCUGUUCCCGGUGACUGACGGGUCCUACUGGGCGUACGCAGUCAUGCUGCUCGCGCUCGUGCUUUUCGCGGCAGGUAUCGUUGGAAACCUCGCGCUCAUGUGUAUAGUGUGGCAUAAUUUCUACCUGAAGAGCGCGUGGAACUGCAUCCUGGCGGGGCUGGCCUUCUGGGAUUUCCUCGUGCUGUUCUUCUGCUUACCUGUGGUUAUCUUCCACGAGCUCACUUUGAAGAGGUUGCUAGGAGACCUAUCGUGUCGGCUCGUGCCCUACCUGGAGGUAAAGAUGUAAACUUAGGCCAAGUUUUUAAAGUUUUUUCCCACAACGACCCUGGCUCUGUAACCCCUAAAUUUGAGAUAGGCCUUAUUUACACAUCUUUCAGUAUCACUUUCUAUCUAUCUAUCUAUUUAUCUAUCUAUCUAUGAAACUAGAAAAUAAUUUGUGCAUCUGUAAAACCUUGAACCACAAGAAUAUUAUUUUGUUCAAUAUUAAAAAUAAGUCAGUUAAAGCAGAACAGUUUAACAUUGAUAAAUUAAUGAAAGGAAAUAUAAAAGCUCAGAUACAUAAAUUAAAUAAAUUAAGGCUCUUUCAUUAGUAAAAGUUUAAGUUAUUUCCAGCAGCCAAGGAAAAUAGAAAAUACAAUUUAACCCCUUAUUGUCUUUUAAAAUCUAAAAAUAGACAAAUGUGUGACUUUACCGUCUGAAAUUUCCUGUAUAUUUUCCAGUCAACUCUUUUAUCUCAGUGAUUUUGGUUCAUCUAUUGUUUUAAAAAAUGUAUUGCUUUCUGUGGAAGAUUUUUGUUGCUUUAUUUAAACUCUUGAUUCAGAAAUAAAGUUUAAAUCAAAUAGAAUUGUGGUCAGUCAUAAGAAAUAUCCCUCACAGUUUGCGGGUAUUAAACGUGUUUUGACCAACAUGUGGUCUAAAACCUUACAAUGCUAAGUUCAUAUUUAGACUAGAGAGGUGAGCUUUAAUAAAAUAAAAUAACUUAACAUUUGUAAAAUAACUUUUAAUUUGGUCAUCAUCUGAAAAACUGCUGAAAAAUAGAAUAAAAAUUUAAUUCCCCAUAUUAGAGCACUAAAACUGAGUUAAACCAGCUGCCUCUCGACGGUUUAAAGCACUGUGUUUUUGUCACGUCAGACAGCGAAGCAAAGAGAUGUCAAACAAGUCAAACAGUCUCAACAACCCACUUCAUUUGCUGAUAAAUUAUCGGUCACCACAGUUUACCCUCAUGUCAGACUCAGUGUUAGUGUUUCCCAGUUCAAUACAGACACAUUCAGCUCUGUGAUGAAUGGGCUGCUUGUGUCUUGUCUCUGCUCAGUUUCAGACUGAGAGCAGUCUUUACUUUCAACAGUCGUGCUGUUAUGGUCUGUUUGGCCCCUUCAGCUGUCUGCCAUGAACCACAGGGGAGGCUGGCCGGGCCCCACAUGAAGGGACUCUUCUUCAGCUUAAAUACGAGUGAACAAAGACGCACAAAGUAAUAGAAACCAGGAUGUUUAGUUACAAGUCCAGAGUGAAGAAAACUGAAAGAAAUAAAAGAAUUUCUGCCUCUAAAAUCUGGACAUAAAUGUUUGAUGUACCUGCUAAACUUAUCGACAUGGUAGAUGAUAUAUUACACCUGAGUCAACACCUACUAAAACGGUUGAAAACUAAUCAGACCAACUAUAUUAAUUUUUUUAGUAAUUUCAAAAAUGAAAAAACAAAAUUUUUAAAUGAAUAACUUUGCAUUUUUCUACUUUUCUGUGACAGUAAAAAAACUUGGAUUAUGUUAAAACAAAAACAAAAUAUUUAUGUAUUCUUCGACAAAUUGACAUUAUUCCUCAUCUUGAUUUGAUUUGAUUUGAUUUUAUUUGUCCCAUAAGGGGAUUUGUCUUCACAGAUGACACAUUACACAUCUCAGGUGACAAUGGACACUACACUCACACCAACAAUAAAUGACAUGUGUAACAACAAUAACAACAAUGACAACUUACAUGACAGCACAAUAACAGAUGGACAGAUCGACGGGGCCUGCUGCUCAGGUCAGCUGUGGCUGCAGGGAUCAGGCUUUUCCCCAGCUGAGCGAUCCUGAACUCGAGGGUUCUGUACCUGCGCCCUGAGGGUAGUGGGAUAAUAUAUUGGUCCAGUGGGUGAGUGAUGUCUUGUGCUAUGGUGUUUGCUAGGCGAGUGAUGGACUUGGACUUGUCCACCCUGUUUUCUUGUCUUGUUUUCUGACACCAAAUUCAAAUAACGGUUUUAGCUAAAAUAGCUCAGUACUCAAUACUUUCAAAGUUAUUAAUGUUACAGGAUCGGCCAAUCAGAGGCAUGGCUGAGUUGACUGACAGGUGGGAACACUGUAGCCAUUUGUGAAGAGGUUAAAAGCCUGCCUCUGGUAGAUUGAAUUAAAUUUCGGAAGCAUCAGUUUUACUAGUAUAACAAAGCGCUGCUAAUAGGCUUAAAAACUCUGCUUCAGAGACAAAUGGGUGACGUCUGCAACACUACAUCCAUUUAAUACACAGACCAUGAGAUAAACAGACCCAGAGGGGAGGACACGGUAAGGGAGCCGAAGCAGUACAAACUUUAAACUGAUGAAUUUUAUCUGCAUUAUAACACUGAUACAGAUCACAGGCCUGAUGCUGAAUAUCAGUCCCAAAAACCCUGAAGCAGGAUGAUCUUGUUCAUGACUCACCCUGAAUGGAUGCUGCUGCACAUUCAGUUACAACGAUCUAAACGCUAUCUGUCCGAUAGAAAUUGGUGGAUAAAAAUCAACUUCACUCUUUAAACUUUAGCUUUACUUCUAACACGAGCUCUUUAUUCUCCACACAGAAAGUCUUAAAAAGUCCUCCCUCUUAUUUGUUUUCUUUAUAACCCUCCAUGGAUCAAUUUUUGUUGUUCCAGCAGCCAAAAUGAUCAUUUUUUUGGUCCAGUUAGUAGAAAAGCGUUGGCUUUAUUUGCUGGAGGUAAUAACUGAAUGUGGUUCAUUUAUUUCAGUGGUUUCUUUGCUAAUUAUAUCCAAAGGCUUGUCCUGAUUGUUGCCGCUUUAACAAUCAUACUUUCUCCUGACCUGUCAUUAGGGUCCUCUGGGUUUUGUGAAGAAUCGGUCAGUCCUUCAUUUGGAGGGUUAAUCUCCCCUCACUCAGAGUGAUAAUGUGGACUCUCUCACAGACUCUCACACAGGCUUCAUCAGUCUCUUCUUUCAUUAUGGACUCUGCCAGCCUGUUGAAAUCUUGUUUUUUUGUCCUUAAACCAGCUCAAUACGCCCACAGAGCUUUUAGUCACUGAAGUGGACUUUUGGUGGUUUGUAAUAAUGGCUUGUAUGAAUCCGUCUUUAACAAGGUCAGCCCUCAGUUCUUUGUUUCUCACCCAUUUUCAUGCUAAUUAAUGAAUUAAUUUCUGGCUAAUUACUUAACGUUUUUUAAAGUGCUUUUUAGCAGAUUCUCUGUGUCGUGCUGAAAGCGGGUCAGGCUGCCAGCUGCCCUUGUGCUCUGUUAGUUCAACUAUUUUCAUGCUAAUCGGAGCUCUCUGUUAAUUAUGUGGAGUUUGUGUCUUAACUGUUUGAGGUCAUUAAGCUCUGCAGUGGGAGGACACGUCUCUGUGAUGAUAGUCUGUGGACUUGGACGAAAAUAAAGACACUAAUGUGCACGAGGCACCAAUAACUGUUCCCCCUCUGCAGACCCAAAGCCGUGAAACUACAUAAUGGCUUUCUGUCCCCUCUGGGCUGCCCUUUAUUUCCCUCUUUCUGUAUUCUAAAGAUGUAACAACCGUGGCCUUAUUACUGUAGUUUGGGCUAAUUUCCCCACAGGCCAGCGUAACAAGGCAGAGAAAGCUGUAAAUCUGUUCCUUCAGCAACAAAACACCUUCCUGUGCUCAUGGGAGACCGUCUGCAGGGAGUCUGGUUCUGCCCGAGGUCUGAGUUGUGCUAACAGAUCACGUCCGAGCAGGAACAGUGGUGCAGCAGAAUAAAAGGAGCAAGUGUGAGGGAUGAACUGCAAGUUAAUCCUGGAUGUAGGUCUUUCAUGAUGGUAAACAGUCCUGUUUAAUCAGAGAGAAUAAGGAAGGAAGGUCUGGAUUAAACUCACCGAGGGGAAGGAGAUAGAUAAGCAAUUAGGAAGCGAGUCUUCAAGAUAAAGGGAAAAAGAUAAAAACAUACAACUGUGUGAGUUUGUGCAAGGUUCAGCAAAAAGUUGGCUAGAUGAUGUGAAAGUUUAUAACCAACCGCUGACCUGAAGAACCAAUCAGAUGAUACCUUCUGGUUGAUUUUAACAUAUCUUAGUUUUCUCUGCAGCCUCUCAGUUUGCAAUCUCAGUGUCCAUGCACUGAUCUUAUUGGGAAGGAAUGUUCUGAUGAAGAGGCUCUGCGCUGAUUGGCUGACUGAGAGGGAAGGGACAGAAAGAUGCAAAAGUCAGAAAAACACCAAAAGAAAAAUGGGGAGUGCUCCAGGAGAAACUGCUCCACGACGAUCCAGAAUCUGACCCUGAAUCAAAGUUUCAGGAUUUCUCUGAGUGAUUCGACAACAUUUGGGUUUUAUUUCUACUCUUUUGUGGUCAGUCCUCAUUGAAGCAGUCCAAAGAGCUAAAUACCAUUAUAUAGUUUACUUCGAAUACCCUCCAGUGUUACAGUGCUCUAAGGCCCCGGACUACAUUUAUAUUUCAUAUUCAAAGGGCUCUCAGAAGUGGAGUGUGAGGAGGGAAUAUUCACGAGCAGGAAUUUCUCUCAAACUGGAAACCCUAAAGUUCUUCCUAUCGGAUGUACAAACCUGAGAUUUAUCCAUCUAAACAUGUGCCUGUAACCGUUAUGUCCCUCUCUCUGCUGUUUCUGUGUCAGGUGACCUCUCUGGGCGUGGCCACAUUCAGCCUUUGUGCGCUCAGUAUCGACCGCUUCCAUGCAGCCACGGGCCCCACCCCCCUCCAGGUGCCCAAAGUGGAGCCCUGCCAGUCCAUCCUCUCCAAGCUCUCCGUUAUCUGGGUGGGCUCUUUGGUGUUGGCGGCCCCUGAGCUCCUUCUGUGGCAGCUUGUUCAGGAACCCGUCAACCUGCAGACGCUGUCUUCCAGCCUCCAACAGAGCCAGCCGGCGGGAUCACUGAUGGCCGCCUUAAGAGCAAGAACAGACUCGUUUAAGGUGGACGUCUGCGUCCGUGAGCCGUCUGCGGAGCUCCCUGAGAGCAUCUACUCUCUGGUGCUGACCUACCAUGAGGCCCGCAUGUGGUGGAUCUUUGGCUGCUACCUCUGCCUGCCUCUGCUCUUCACUCUGGCCUGUGACCUGGUGACAAGGCAGGUGCUAAACCAGCGUGAACCCCAGAAACCUGCAGCUGAGAAGGCGACCAGCAGAUGCUCCUCCUCCACCUCGUCUUCCUCCUCCUCGACUAAAAAGAAGCAGCAUGUGAGAGAGCAGCGUCUGCGCUCCACCGUCAUGGCUCUCACAAUCUUGUACGUCACAUGCAACCUGCCAGAGAGCAUCUGCAACAUCACACUUGCGUACAUCUCUGCCCACCUGUCUGCGGCGCUUCCGGCUCUGCUCCUGCCAGCGCUGAGCCUGAUUGGUCAGUUCCUGCUGUUCAUGCGUUGCUCGUUGACGCCGGUGUUGCUGCUGUUCCUGUGCCGCUCGCUGGGCCAGGCCUUCAUGGACUGCUGCUGCUGCUGCUGUGAAGAGUGCCUCCCAGAUGGUAACUCCUCCUCGUCCUCGUCCGCCUCCACCGCAGCCACCUCCAACCCCUCCUCACCCACAUCUCCCACCCCGUCCUCCCUCACUCCGUCCAGUAAAGAGGAGGUGAAGAGCGUGUUGGCCGCAGAACCGGCAGUCUGCUACGACAGAGCGAAAGACUCUACGGCAGCUAUCGGGACGCCGUGCUGAGGGACAGAACUGCUGUGACCACAAAGAUCACCGUGUUUGCCUCGACUUGGGUCUUAUUUUAGUGGUUUUAACAGAAGUUUCUGUCAGUCAUGAAAAUGCUGUACUCAUUAAGUAAACCCAAGACAUCUGGGGUCAAAGGUCAUUGAAGUGACCGGUAAACACAGCUCCAUUUUUGUCCUGGUUUGAUAAUGAAAUCAGUCUCUAGAUGUCCUUUUUUUUUUCAAAGAGUCAAACUCUGAUUUCUUCUCUUGGUCAAAUGUGAAAACAAACGUCAGCUGUGCGGGAGAUAAACAUGAUCUCUGAGGAAGAACGAGAACGUUUAAAGAGGAGGGAGUUUAAAUUCAUCUAAUCUUACAACUCAAAUUUAGAGAUUUAUUGUUUUAGUUUGUGAAAAAUCCAAACUGGUACUAAUACUGGCAUUUAAAAUAACAUUUCAAUCCACAACCAGUUCCAGUACUGGUGUUUUUCACAUUAUUUUUCUUCCCAGUUCUGUGUCUUACCAGGAGAUGAAUGGUGACACAGUAAAAUCUCAAAGCUCUAAACUAAGCAAGUGUUUUACUCUUGUCCAACUGGUCUCGGCACAAACAAUAUUCACCUGAUUUCAGCUAAUUGGAAGAUACUGGAUCUGACUCUCUUAUUAUGAAACAAAAACCUCCUGUGGAGUAAGAAAAACUGACUUCUCACAGUAAGAAGCUCUUAUUUCAAAGAUUUAUCUCUAAACUUCAGCAGUCAUUCUUACUCAUCCCAUCCAGGUCGUAUUUCUUCUUAAAAUAAGACGUCUGUCUGGACUUUUCAGGUGAAUGUCACACUUAUAGACAUUUUCAUUAUAGAGAUUAGACAAGCUCAGUUUGGAGUUUUUACAGUGUGCUGAAAGUUUUUUAAAACAGUUUUUGCUGUUUUAAGAUGAUUAAAAAAAACUGAUUGGCACUAAACUUCAUUUCUGAAUUUAGAUACUUUGAUUCUUCACGUCGGGUCGACGCUUUAACUGCUUAGUUUCAGGAAAAUCAAUCAGCAAUCAAAUCCUUAGAGGGCCUCUGUAAUCAGCCUUCUAAAGUCCCAGACCUGAAACAAAAUCACUGCUGCCACAUUUGACUUUUAGUCAUCUCAUGUAUUUCUCACAUGUAACAUUUGUCUCUGCUCAUCCAUAAAGCUGCAGCUGAAAGACACAACUGUAAAGUUUCAUCUUUUCUGUGAGAGAAACAAAAUCCUGGAAUCCUCGGUCACUGGGAGCUUAUUGCAAACUUAACAAAUGUGAGAUUUUCUGCAGCGUUUUCGCAGCUGAAUGUCUGUCACUUGUUUUAUUUCCCCUUUAACUCACUGUAUCACUCUUUGAUUCUCACAGAAGCUCCUCUGGGGAUCCGUGUUGCAAAUCAGCAUCCUCCAUAAACACCAUGAUACUUGCACUGGAUGGCUGUUUGCAGUUUAUCUCUGCAUACUGUAUUCAUCUUAAUCAAAUAGACUGUAAAUUAAGAUAAAGAAAAACUUAGCUCGUACUCCCUCCUAUUCAAAUGUCAUUGAAACAUGUCAGACAAACCACAUGUUGCUAAUCUUUCUCAGGAAAUACAGAAUACUCCCAAACUGCUGAUUUUUUACUGACAGAUAAUCUGAAAACUACCAAAAUAAAACCCAAGUUGUCAUAAAUCGAGUUCCUUUAAAGCUCCUGUGAGGAACUUUUGGUUUGCUUUGAUAUUGAGGUUUGCGCGUCGAGACGUAGACCGCUGCGUAUUGCUAUCAUGCGGUCGUUAUUAAAGUUUGUAUAGCUAGAGAAGCAAGCGGUCGGCAACACUCAUCUAUGGAGGGGGUGUCUAACUCGGUGUUAUGGUCUGUUUGACCCUAACUUAAUUUUCACUCUGGAAUAUCCCUUUAAAGAUGGUCCGAGUUGUUUUUUAAGGUCAUAAAGAUACAUCAGUGUUAAUUAAACCAGCUGAAAUUCCCUCCCAGGAGCUUUAAACCUCAUUUUCUGUGAUCUGAUGUAGAAACACUGCAGUGAUAGAGUUAAAUCAGUGUUAGAUGACUGUAUAAAAUGUAGACUUUGCCAUUUUAUAGAUACAGUUUUUUACUUGUGAUGGAUUUAAUCCUGUUGUUGUCUUUUUUUAGUGAUACUUCAACAUUUUAUCGACAUUAACCUUUGAAAUGCUCAUUCAGGAUCUUUGUUUGUCCUUCUCAGAGUACUGUAAGGAGAGAAACACUGGAUAUUUGAGUUUUAAGAUGAAACUGCAGAUGUGUCCAGACUUUCGUUACAGCCUGCUGUAAACUCUGUCAGUUGUGUUUUUCGUACGUAAUGUCGCUGUUGCUGCUCGGAUGGCAGCAAGUUUAAAACUUGAUCAUAUCAGAGAAUCAAUAGUUUAAAAUCUGGAGCGAGUCGCAACAAGUUUUAUUUUGAUGUGUUUUUGUCUGUGGUUUAGUAAAGUUUGAGUUUCCUUAAAGAAAAACUUUUGUGCAUCUCUCAGUGUGUUUAUUUAACGCCUGGAUUUGACUCCACUUCAGUGAUACUUUCAGCCUUUUCUCUUUUCCGCUGAAGUUGGUUUGAAAUUUGGAGAAACGUCUGCAGGUUUUUGCUGCUGCUUAGUGCAUCACUUUUCUGUUUCCUGCAGAGACACGGUCAGAAGAGGCAAAUUCAGCCUUUCGAUGACUUAGCUUGUUUUGCUAAUGAGAGCAGAAUUUAAAGGAUGAUAUACAAGUGCAUCUUAUUAAAGUCCAAUAUCAGGGGAAAAACAUUUUUUCAUUAUUUAAUCUUAAAAAGGUGGAUUUUCAGAUAUUCUUGUAUUUGUGUCAUAUAAAGUGAAACAUUUUGAGUCGGUUUUCUGAUUUAUUUUGAUGACUGUAGCAGAGUGAUCAUGAAAAUCUGAAAUCUAGUAUCUUACGAUCAGAGUAAUACCUGAGAUUGAUUGUAAAAAGGAUUAAAAAUAAAGAGUAAACUAAAGUUGUUGUUUCUGCCGGUGAGACUCUUGUAAAGGCUGUGAGACCUGUCAGCUUCACGAAAGACUUUUAUUCAUUUUUACGUCUUACAUUUUCAUAAAUACUGGUUUAGUCCAAAAAUUGUCCUUCCAGUUCCAAAGUCAGAGUCUGGGUCUCAUUAACCUCCUUGUGGGUUGAAUUAAAGCUCCUAUAAGGGACUUU